AUGGCCAAAAUAGCCAUCGAGUUAGUGGGAUUGUCAGCGUUUGACUGUGGUGGCCAACAGACAACAGUGGGACCACGUUGGACUGUGGAGGCGAAAGGUGUUGUGAAUGAGGCCCAGGAGAAGGCUCUGCUCCUCCAUUCGGUGGGGUCUGAUGUGCAAGAGUUGUAUGAGACAUUGACUGAUCCGGGGCCAGGUGUCGGUGUGGUAGAAGAUACUGCAAGCUCAACCCAGAAGGUGAUCCGAACACUUGACGCACAUUUUAUAGUGAAACGCAAUGAAACAUAUGAACGGCAUGUGUUCCGGGCAAUGGCCCAGUCAAAAUCAGAGACUGUCGAUCAGUUGGUAGCCCGAUUGAGGAAACAAGGGGCGUAUUGUGGUUUUGCAAAUGUGGAGCAGGAUAUCCGAGAUCAGAUCAUUGACAAGUGCCAAUCAACCAAACUGAGGCGUAAGCUGUUAGAAAAGAGUGAAUUAACCUUGUCGAAGGCGAUGGACAUUGCUAGAGCUUUAGAGUCGGUAGAAAACCAAAUGAAGGUUAUGGACUUGGCAAGUGGUCUUGAGACAAGCACAAGUGGCGAGGUGAACGUGGUAAAAAGGCGAGAGUGGAAACAACCGAGCAACAAGUCGGGCAAAGCGUGUUAUCGAUGUGGCAAUGUCGGACAUUAUGCGCGAGACGAGUGCUGUCCGGCAAAGAAGGCGACCUGCGACAAGUGUGGGAAGGUCGGACAUUAUGCAAAAGUGUGUCACACGAAGCUGCCAGGGACCAGUGCCGGUGGAGAUCGCCAGGGCCGCAGUGGAGAAGGCCAGAGAUUCAAGUGGAAAUCGCGUGUGAAAAACAUGAACUUAGUGGAACCCGACUCAAAUGAUGAGGACUCAGACGGGGUGAUGGGUAUGUACUCGAUACAAGAGGGCAAAAGACCCCCGGUGAAGGUUCACAUGAAAAUUGAAAAUGUUGGUCAAGAGUUGCAGGUUGAUACAGGGGCCAGCGUAUCAGUAAUGCCCGCCCGCAUGUAUCGUGAAGAGUAUGCUCAAAUUCCGUUACAAAAGUGCAAUGUGAAGUUGACGGCCUAUGGUGGCCGGGCAUUGAAAGUGUUGGGGCAAAUGAUGGUGAAAGUUGAGUACCAAAAGACAGAAUGUACACUACCCCUGGUGGUUGUAGACUCAGAGGGACCCUUGUUGUUGGGUAGAAACUGGCUAGCUCACAUCAAGCUGAAUUGGGCUCAGAUCUUUAUGGUUCAAGGUACAUGUGAGUCCAAAAGUGUGGAAGAAGUAGUGAAGCAACAUGCCAAGUUAUUUGAGAGUGAGUUGGGAACAGUAAAAGGGUUCAAAGCUGACAUCAAACUGAGGGAAGGAGCGCAACCCAUAUUCCAUCGUGCAAGGCCGGUGCCGUAUGCCCUAAGGGAUAAAGUUGAGGCCGAGUUAGAUCGCUUAGAGGCAGAAGGGGUGAUCAAAAAGGUGAAAUCAAGUGAUUGGGCAUCACCCAUAGUGUGCGUUCCAAAGAAGGAUGGAGCGAUUAGAAUUUGCGGGGAUUUUAAGGUGUCCGUAAACCAAGUACUCAUAGACAAUCCCUAUCCAUUACCUGAUAUGGAAGACAUGUUCGCGACCAUGGGGCAAGGUACAGUGUUUAGUAAAAUAGACCUGUCGAAUGCGUACCAGCAGAUGACUCUGACCGAAGAGUCACAGCAAUAUUUGACCAUUAACACGCAUAAGGGGCUGUGUAACGCAGGUUUUAACGUUACUGUUUUAAGUUAA